CGAGAUGCGUCGACCUGCGUCUCACCUCACUCCCUAUCGGCGGCCCGCGUUCGGUCUCGUUGACGAGGCUCAGCUGUCUCCCACAGUCAAGCGGCGCUGCCAGGAUUAGCUGCUCUGCCGCUUUCUUCCUUGCUUGGCAACCAAGACCGAUGAACUGAGUGGUGUUAUGUGGCCUCGGUUGUUGUUGGUCUGGUACAGGGCUUCCCAUCCCACGGUGACUCAGAGCUGCUCCAAGAAUGGACAACAGCACUGCCAUUGCUUUGCAAGAACUUGAAGCUGGGGCUGAUGCAAUCUUUGCCACCAAAUAUGCUUAUAUUGCAUCACUCUUCCUCACAAUUGACCAACAAAUUGCAUUCAUCUGGAGCCGCAAGUUGUCCAUCCCUACACUACUCCUCUUCCUUCUGCACUUAUCAAACAUGUUGAACUUGAUAACCUUUAUUGGAGGCCAAUCCCCUUUGAACUGCAAGGUUGACUCUGCCUUGUAUUAUAGCUAUCUUGGGAGUGUUAUCAUAUUUGACAUAGUCACAGCAGUUAUUGCAGCAUUGCGCGUCUAUGCAAUCAAUGGGAAGCAUUGGCUGAUUCCCACAGUCAUUUUGGUGCUGUUUACCCCUGAAGUUGCUCAAGGCAUAGUGAGGAUAUAUACAUUAUGAUGUGCUGCAUGCUAUUACAAUUUUGACCUAUAGGCUGUAAUUUGGAGUACAUAUGCAGUCAGUAACCCACAAACGGGUUGUUUGUUGGUUGAAAGCCAUG